AAAAACAAAUAGAGUAAAUCCAUCUCAAGACUCAAGUAACUUUUUCAUUUUCCGUUUGCGGUCACUUUUUUUGGGAGCUGUUGAUUAGUUCUAUCUCUUCCCUGUUCGUUCUCCCUUCCAGAAUAAUUGUAAUGACAUCUGCAAGUGCAAACGAGAAUUGCCUUGGUUGGGCAGCGAGAGAUCCGUCUGGAGUUCUUUCACCUUAUGAAUUCAACCGGAGGGCAGUCAGCAGUGAUGAUGUUCUGCUAGACAUUGCAUUUUGUGGGAUGUGUUUCGCUGAUGUUAUCUGGACCAGGAAUAUAAUUGGAACUUCAAAAUAUCCUCUUGUGCCAGGACAUGAAAUUACGGGAAUUGUGAGAGAGGUUGGUACGGAUGUUAAGCACUUCAAAGUUGGCGACCAUGUUGGAGUUGGAACAUAUGUUAAUUCAUGCAGGGAAUGUGAAUAUUGUUGUGAUGCAUUAGAGGUUCAUUGCUCAGAAGGAGCAAUAAACACUUUUGAUGGUAUGGACGUCGAUGGUACAGUUACUAAAGGGGGAUACUCCAGUUACAUUGUAGUCAAUGAAAGGUACUGCUUUAGAAUACCUGAAAAUUACCCGCUUGCAUCUGCAGCACCUUUACUAUGUGCUGGAAUUACUGUUUAUACUCCGAUGAUAAGACAUAACAUGAACCAACCGGGGAAAUCUUUAGGUGUCGUUGGAUUAGGUGGUCUAGGCCACUUAGCAGUGAAGUUUGGAAAGGCUUUUGGAUUAAAAGUAACGGUAUUCAGUACAAGUAUAUCUAAGAGAGAAGAGGCGUUAAAUCUUCUUGGAGCAGACAAGUUUGUAAUCUCAUCAGAUGAACAGCAGAUGAUGGCGCUGAGUAAGUCGUUUGACUUCAUUAUUAACACCGCUUCUGGAGAUAUCCCAUUUGAUACAUACUUGUCGUUGUUAAAGACUGCUGGCGUUCUUGUUCUGGUUGGCUUUCCAAGUGAAGUGAAAUUUAUCCCUGGAAAUCUAAUCCUCGGUAUGAAGAGCAUCGUUGGGAGCGUAACUGGUGGAACAAAGCAGACACAAGAAAUGCUGGAUUUCUGUGCUUCCCACAAAAUUUAUCCAGAAAUUGAGAUAGUCCCCAUUCAGUAUGUCAAUGAGGCACUCGAAAGGUUAAUAAAGAAGGAUGUCAAAUAUCGCUUUGUAAUUGACGUAGCGAACAGCAUCAAGUAAAGGCGGGA